AUGGGUGAAAGGGAUGGUGAAGUUGGGUUUUUCUGGGCUAUGGCUGACAACUCUAAUAGUGGUGCAAGUAGUGAAGACAAAUCCACAGUUGUUAACAAGUUGCCUGAUGAUCACAGUCCCAUUAACCAACCUCAUGACAUAGGUUCAGGUGACAUACAACCUGUUGAUGAUCAUGCUGCACAUUUAUGGACAGAAAGACAGAGAAGAAAGAAGAUGAGGACCAUGUUCCAUGAUCUUCAUGCUUUACUCCCUCAACUCCCUCCAAAGGCAGAAAUGUCCACAAUAGUUGAUGAGGCAAUAAGUUACAUCACAACCUUGCAAGAAACCCUAAAAGAUCUUGAGAUACAGAAGCUAAAGAGACUGAACAACAGGGAAUCCUUUUUAGCUGAUCAUGGUUCCAUAACAACCUGCACACACUUCGACAUCAUAUCCCGUCCAUUCUCCAAAAUCUUCCCUGCGGUUUGGUGUUCGCCAAUCGUUUUUCGAACAUGGACUUCUUCUAAUAUCACCUUGAAUGUGUGCGGCCCGGAUGCUCAUAUCAGCAUUUGCUCUUCCCGGAAGCGUGGCCUGCUUACCGCGAUCUGCGUGGUUUUGGAGAAGCACAAUUUAGAGAUCGUUUCCGCUCACAUUUCUUCGGAUCGAUAUAAAAGCAUGUUUAUGAUUCAUGUUCGUGUGAAUGUUGGUGAUGAGUUGAUGAAGAUAUUUCCUUAUGAUGAGGUAUACAAGCUUGCUGCACUAGAGAUAAUGCUUUGGGUCAACUCAUAG